AUGGGAUUAUCACCCACGGCAGUUUUUAUCAGGAGCCGAGUUGACGUUCUCAUGCGGACCGAUCACUCGGUUCUCUACAUCGACAGAGCAGAACCAGAUAUUGUUUUAAAAGCCGAAACAAUAUGGAUAGACAGUAAACCCUAUGGUUCGCCUUCAAAGAUUGAGGAGACCAGUGAUAACCUCACUCGUGAGCACGACAUUUACAAAGCCAUAUCUCCACAUCGCUACAUAACUAAAUGCUUUGGCAUUACUCAUGACUCUGAUGGCCAUGCUAUCGCACUCAAGCUGGAACGAGCAACGAAGGGCAAUCUCCGCCACAUAAUCGAAGAAACCCCGGAACCGCCUCCAAUCCAUCGUCGACUUGAAAUGGCUACCACUCUUGCCGAGAGUAUCCUGCAUCUCCAUUCACGAGGCGUCAUCUGGGGAGACAUCUCGACUCGAAAUGUCCUCGUUUUCAGUGAUGAUACCAUAAAAAUAUGCGACUUCGCCAGUUCUGCUCUCAGUCAGACUUAUCCCGAGUUCGGUCCCCAUACAUACGAGCCUGCUUACUGCCCAGCUCUACCAGAAGAACAAGUCAGUGAGCUUUCCAUGAUGGAACGAGAGCUGUAUGCUCUUGGAUCUGCGAUCUACGAGAUUACGGAAUGGAAAUUCCCAUAUGCAGGCAUUGAUGGCGAUAUUUGGGACAUUGUCGAAGCAGGUACUAUACCUGUCAUUGGGAUUGAGAAUACCGCUGGAGGAAUAAUCGAUCGAUGCUGGAAGUUUGGAUAUGAUUCUGCGAGUGCUGUACUGGGUGAUCUAACAGCCCUUGUGAAGCAGGUGCCAAACAAAUGA